GAUGCAGCGGAUAUUACACAGACAAUUGAGUCUUUACCUGUAGCUACUGACUAUGCUCCGUCCUACACCGCUGAAUCCAUCUCACUUUACUGCAUAAUGCAUAACGUCACAGCGGUGACUCUAAUCCCGGCAUCGCCAUUGACGAUCCGAGAAUCCAGGGUUCGGCCAAGAACAACAUGGAGCACCUGCACACUUCCAAGACGCAUGCGCCUCGCCCAACACCCUCAACUUCACAUCCUCAGCAAACGACCUCAUGUCAUGGAGAUGAGCUCGCGUUGCUGCGAAAGACACGUAUCCUAAACCCGACUCUGGCUCUAUGCGCCACUACUCACACCUGCGAGGGCCUCCACCAUGACGCGCCGCAUAGUACGGACGGGCAUACAGCUCGUAGCCCUAACCAUCGUCGUCUCCCUAACCAUAUUCUUCCUCGAUAACCGCUACCGCGUCCUCCCCCAAUCCGUCCACAGCCACAUGCCACUGCACCACGACGGCCUCGUUAUCACCGAUAUCACCGUACAGACAUGUUCGACCAUCAAUCCCCUCUCCAAGUGCAUGCUAGACCAGAAGAAGUGGCAUCGCAUAGAGAAGGACCUAUACCUCGGCUCCGGAUGGGUCACCAAAGGAUACGUCCACAUCAAGCGCAAGCGGGAAGAGGAGCUCAAGACAGAGGACAAGGUCAUCAUCGACGUUCGCACAGGCAAGCUUGAUCCCUCGGUGGGCGAGAAGGCCCAGGCGUCGGAGAAGUGGGAGUCGCGCCCAGCUGGCCUCUGGAUCAAGAGGUCGCUGAAGCGUCACGCGAGCGACGACAAGAAGGCCGUGACGGCCGUAGACAUCCUUUUCGGCGCCGACGCAGUAGAGCCACGCCCUGGCUGGGAGCUGGUCAAGAACGGAGCCCUACAUCUUGAGACGGGCAAAGCAAGCACAGAUCCCCGCCUGAGCAUACGGAGAGGCCCAGCAGCCAAGCUCGAGAAACCCGUACCCAAGAUCAGAAAGGAUGGCAAAUUCAAGAUCAUGCAGAUAUCCGACCUGCAUCUCAGCACUGGUCUGGGCCACUGCAGAGACCCAGAGCCGCCAGGCCACAAUGGCGGACACUGUGACGCCGACCCCAGGACCAUAGAGUUUGUGGAGAGGGUACUCGAUGAUGAAAAGCCAGACUUUGUUGUCUUGUCUGGCGACCAGGUCAACGGUGAUACAGCACCUGAUGUGCAGAGUGCCAUGUUCAAGAUAGUCGAACCCCUCGCAGAGCGCAAGAUACCAUACGCAGCCAUCUUCGGCAACCACGACGACGAAGGCACACUCUCACGCCACGCGCAAAUGGACCUCUACGACUCGCUCCCCUACUCAGUCAGCGAACCCGGUCCCAACACCAUCGACGGCGUAGGAAACUACUUCGUCGAGAUCCAAGCCCACAGCAGCAAGCACUCCGCCCUAACACUCUGGUUCCUCGACACGCACUCCUACUCCCCAGACGAAACCCACUACCGAGGCUACGACUGGCUCAAGCCCAACCAAAUCGACUGGUUCAAAGCCACCGCUGGCGGCCUGAAAGAAGCACACAGCCACUACACCCACAAGCACCUCAACAUGGCCUUCAUCCACAUCCCCCUCCCCGAAUACGGCAACCCAGACAACGACCGCGUGGGCAACUGGACUGAGCCCAUAACCGCCCCCGCUUUCAACACGCAUUUCAAAGACGCCCUCGUCGAAUACGACAUCAAAGCCGUCUCCUGCGGCCACGACCACGUAAAUGACUACUGCGCCCUCUCCAAAGAACCCGAGACCGGUGAUCCAGAAUUAUGGAUGUGCUAUGCGGGCGGUAGUGGCUUUGGCGGCUACGGCGGUUAUAACCACUUUCACAGGAGGUUAAGGGUUUUUGAGAUUGAUACCAAUCAAGCACGGAUUGUGACGUGGAAGAGGUUGGAACAUGGGGAUACGGAGAAGAGGCUGGAUACGCAGAUUAUUGUUGAUUCUGGGAAUGUUAUGCCGAUUCAUGUUGCGAAUCAGGAGUGAGUGAGUGAGUGGUUGUGGAUGGGGAUGGGGAUGUGGAUUGGGAGACUUGUUGUUGCACGGUUUGGCGUUUGGGUGUAGGGUUAUGGACGGAAGAAGGAAAAUCACCGCUUUUUUGUUUGGGGUAGUGUUGGAAUGUGUACGGCAUGGGCUAAGACGCCUUAUUCGUCUUCAAUUGACUGUUCAAAUACAUUUUCUGGAAGUUUCCUGUCGGUGUAUAUAUGUGUGUGCUGCCCUGUACCAUCUGUGUCUGAACUUUCUGCCGCACAGUGGGCUACAGCCGUCUCGAUUCUUGGCAGGAUUCCAAGCUCUCAAACUAUAUUAGGAAAUUCCGU